UGAACUUGCUCUAGACGUGCUGAGAGAGCAGCUUGACAACAUGACAGAGGCCUUGCACGAGGCCGAGACCAAGGCCAGAGAGGAGGCUGCGCACAGAGCUUCUGCAGAAGAGCUUAGCAAGGCUGCUGCAGAGGAAGUUGUGGAGGUCCGCAGGUUGGCUCGCAAUGCGGAGGAGUCUCUGCACGAAGUGGAGUCGCGCCUCAAGGCAGUGCAUGAGGAGCUCCAGAUCUGCCGGGAGAAGCUGGUGGCCAUAGAGCAGUCUCGCCAAGCAGCCAUGACUUCUGUUGAAGCGAAGGAGGAAGAGCUGAGCCGCCUGCAGCAGGCCUUGAAGUCUGCCGAGGAGCAGCAGAAGAAGAGGCCGCCAAUGAGAACCGCCAGCGCCGCACACGGCGCACAACACGGACCACCCGGCGUACCACAAGAGCCACUCGGUCAAAGGCUCAGUCGCUGGCAUCGUCCGAGCUAUCGGAUGGCGAUGCUGACUUCAAGACUCCACGCCGCACCCCACGUCGCACAAAGAAAUCGGUUGCACCCCCAGAUGACCCACUGGAGGAGGAUGAAGCACCGUGCUGUCCUCGCUGAUGACAAUGCCGAAGCAUCGCCACUUAAACGCCUUGGCAACUUCGUAGCUGGCAUGCUGUCCAUGGCACGGUAG